AUGGGCGAACUCGAUCCAGGAACGAAAGAAGAUGAGGGAUCAAAAAAGGCUGAACUACCUGGGAAGACAGGGACCACGCCUGGGUCACUGAGGGUGGUUUUGAAGAACUCGGACCGGAAGGACAUGUUGUUGAUGGCUCUUGGGACUGUAGGUUGCGUUGCCGACGGACUUACUCUGUCCUUGAUGAUGAUAGUUCUCAGCAACUUGAUGAAUGGAUAUGCCAGUGCUUCUCUUGGUCCCGGAGACGUUAACAAGUACGCAUUGGACCUGUUCUACGUUGCCAUUGCUGUGGGUUCAGGUUCCUUCUUAGAGGGAUUUUGCUGGGCACGCACAACAGAAAGACAAGUAUUCCGACGGCGGCAGCAAUAUCUGCAAGCAGUUCUACGGCAAGAUGUGGGCUUCUUUGACCAAACUCGAGGGGAACCCAUGACAUCCCAAGUAGUCUCAAGAAUUUCAGUCGACACACUGACCAUACAAGGAGUCCUCAAUGAGAAGAUUGCGAAUUUCAUCGCGAACAUAACAAUGUUCAUCAGCGCUCAAUUGGCUGCUCUGUACCUGUGCUGGAGACUGGCAAUAGUUGCAAUCCCUGCACUAUUGGUGAUGAUAAUCCCGGGGCUGGUAUACGGGAAGCUCUUGGUUGGAGUUGGGGAAAAGAUACAAGAGGCGAGUGCUGUAUCUGGCAGAAUAGUCGAGCAGGCGCUCUCAUUCAUCAGGACUGUUUACUCUUACGUGGGAGAAAAGUGGACUGCAAAGAGCUACAAGAUCUCGCUCGAACCGGUCCUGAAGCUGGGGAUCAAACAAGGGUUGAUCAAGGGAAUGGCCAUUGGCAGCAUAGGCAUUUCAUAUGCCGUGUGGGCACUUCAGGGUUGGUAUGGAAGCAUAUUGGUCACCGAUAAGGGAUUUAAAGGUGGCAGCGUGUUUAUUGCAGGAGUGUGCAUCACUAACGGAGGACUUGCCCUUGGAGGUGCACUGAUCAAUUUCAAGUAUUUCUCCGAGGCGAACAUUGCAGCAUCUCGCAUCUUCGAGAUGAUUGAAUGUGUCCCCAGUAUCGACUUAGUUGGUGAGGAGGGAAUGACACUGUCGGACGUUAGUGGCGAAGUGGAAUUCAAAGACCUGUACUUUGCUUAUCCAUCGCGACCCGAGUCUUUAGUACUAAAGAAAUUCAGCCUCAGAGUGAUGGCCUCUCAAACUGUUGGCUUCAUGGGUAGAAGCGGGUCGGGAAAAUCGACCAUCAUAAAUUUGCUGGAAAGAAUCUAUGACCCCGUCAAGGGCGAUAUACUCUUAGAUGGUGCCAAUAUAAGGACUCUUCAGCUCAAAUGGCUGCGAAGUCAAAUGGGUUUGGUGAGCCAAGAACCCAUACUUUUUGCGACCACGAUCAAAGAGAACAUACUCUUGGGCAAGGAAGGCGCUACAACGGAAGAGAUUAUUAAGGCAGCAACAGCAGCCAAUGCACACAACUUCAUUACCCAGCUACCUAAUGGAUAUGAUACCCAGGUAGGUCAACUAGGAAUUCAGAUGUCUGAAGGGCAGAAACAGAGGAUCUCAAUCGCGAGGGCAUUACUGAGGGAUCCGAGGAUUCUGCUUCUGGACGAAGCCACAAGUGCAUUGGAUUCACAUUCCGAGAAGGCUGUUCAAGAUGCCUUGAGUGUGGCUUCGAUAGGAAGAACUACAUUUGUGGUAGCUCACCGUCUCUCUGCUCUCAGCAAUGCCCACUUAAUCGCGGUUAUUCAGUCUGGGGAAGUAGUAGAAUCUGGUUCUCAUGAGAAACUGAUGGAAAAUGAGCAUGGUGUGUACUCAACAAUGGUCCAGCUUCAGAGAACUAGUGGAGGUGAUGGAAUCGCACCAUCUUCUCAAGUGGUCGAUUUCAAGAAACCUGCUUCCAUCAGAAGAAAGACCACUUUACUCGAUGAGCUGAACACAGAUCCUCUUAUAAGAAGUCCGCAAAGUAAACAGAACACAGGUCCAGAAGAUCAUGGCCAAUCGCCACCUUUUUGGAGCUUGGUGAGUUUGACUGUACCCGAAUGGAAGUCAACAGUAUUGGGGUGCCUGGGUGUCAUCUUUUAUGGGUUUGUUCAGCCAGUGCACUCCUUUUGCUUGGGCGCACUUCUUUCGGUUUAUGUCAUUGAAGAUCACCACAAGAUCAGGUCUCAAACUAGAAUAUAUUGCUUCACUUUCUCGGCAUUAGCAAUAUUUGCCUUCGUCACCAAUGUGAUUCAACAUUAUUUCCUGGGGGUCAUGGGAGAGAAUUUGACCAAAAGAUUGAGAGAGGCUCUCUUUGAUAAAAUCCUGACGUUCGAGAUAGAAUGGUUUGAUCAAGAAGGCAAAAACAGCGGAGCUCUAUGA